AUGGCCGACCGUCUAGAAACACCAAAUUCACGGCUGCCGCCAGCGAGGGCACGCAAGAAGAUGGAGGACCAAGCAGUCAUUCGCGAGCGAGACUUUUACCUGUACGUAUACUAUUCGCAGCGGCCCAAGCCAGACUUGUCUCUCAGCCGCCACCCUCACGCAGUCCCCAGUCCACGAAGUCCCCCCAACGCUGCCAGCGUCGCCCGCACCCCCCCGGAAGAGCGCCCACCACGAGCACCCGAAGACAAGGCCCUGACUGCCUUUGCCCAGCUGGGCGCCCUCCGCCUGAAUGCCCGACGAUGCCUGAUCUCCUUCUUCGACCGGCGCAACUGCUAUCUGCUGGCCGAGGCGACCAAGACACUAUGCCUGUACACGGGCGCUGCGGAGAAGAGCGAGGACAAGCUCUGCUGGGGCAGCACCAUCUUUCCCAAAGAGCAGAGCCUCUGCAAUUACACCGUCAACCUGCGCUGGGAGAACUCGUGCGUGCCAAUCGAAGCCUUUGGCAACCACCCGUCCUUGGUCGUGAAUGACCUGACCAAGGACACCCGCUUCAAGAACUACCCGUUUGUCGUCGGCCCCCCGUACUCGCGCUUCUACGCCGGCGUCCCCAUUCGCAGCCCCAGCGGACACAGCAUCGGAACGUACUGCGUCCUCGACGACACACCUCGCGAUGGACUGCAACCAGGAGAGCUGGAUUUUCUGAAGGACAUGGCCGGCACCGUCAUGCGCCAUCUAGAAAUGUCUAGGGCCACAGAAGACCAGCGCAGGGGCAAGAUCAUGGUCAAGAGCUUGGGAUCAUUCGCCGAGGGCAAGAGUGGGCUGGAGAACUGGUGGUCGGAUCCAUGGGAGUCCAACGAUCAGCCUACACCUCUGGGUGUGCCGGAUGUCAAUGCAGCACAGCAACAACAACAGCAGCAGCAGCAGCAUCGACCCCAUGUGACCAUUAAUAAUCCCGUGGACCACUCAAUCAGCAGCGGAGUGAACAGCGCCCAGUCCAGUGUACUCAGCGUCACGAGCCCGAAUGUUACCUCGCCAUCCAGUGUACAUCCUGCCAGCAAUGUCGUCACGCCAGCAACCGAAGCCAUGCCUGAGAUCCGACCAGAUGUGGUGACCAAGACCUCGACAUCCACCAUCAACGACCAGAAGGAUCGAAUUGCGCCUGAGUUAAGGGCUGCUUUCGGUCGGGCAGCCAACAUGAUCGUUGACGCAACCGAAGCCGAAGGCGCCGUCUUUUUCGAUGCCAAGAUCAGUACCUUUGGCGGACUUGUCGACGACGACUUCUCAGAGUCUCUACCCGAGCCUGACAAGCCUUGCAGCAUUCUGGGCGCGGCUCUUUGCAAGAGUAGCCGCGAACCUCACUCGCUGUCGACAACAGAAGCUUCAAUGUCCGAGAGCGUACUGCGCCACCUCCUGCGUUUGUAUCCACAUGGUCAAAUCUUCAAUCUAGACGACGAUGCUGGCUCGCCUCCCGUCAAUUCACCCUCUGACGGCGGCACUGGCGAUAUCGAGAUGUGCGACGGCUUUCCUUUCACCAUAUCUAAGAAAACCGAGUCAACGCGAAGUCUGGACGACGAGAACUACCUCCGGACUGUCUUCCCAAGCGCUCGAAGUCUAGUGCUCUACCCAUUGUGGGAUUCUCAUCGCGAUCGCUGGUUCGCUACUGCUUUUCAUCUGGACUUUCGGAUCCUAUGCGAAAAGUCCUCCCAUGUUGCUACCAUCGAGACUUGCGGGAAGACAUUGCUAGAGACCAUCAAUCACGUCCUCGAUUUUGCCAAGAUCAACAAUCUAACUCGGGGCGCAUCGAAGCGUCAGAAGAAGCGGACUCAGAGCACUAAGCACAUGAUUACGCCAGGCCAUGCUCAUACCAACGACAUCAUGACCUUGAUCAACGAUGUCGACAUGAGCGUUUUGACCGAGGAUGUGGUGGAGAGUGUUUUCGCAGGGUACACUUAUCAGCGGACCUCUGCGCAGAGUUAUGAAAUCUCCUCAAACAAGUCUGAGAAGCUCGCCAUCUCCGUUAUACUUGACAUCAACCCUUGCGACAACUACGUUUUUCGCACACAGCCGGGUGCUUGGCGGCGUGUCAUCAUGAAUUUGUUCGGCAACAGUUUGAAAUACACACCGGCCGGCUACAUCAAGGUUAAGCUGGAAGUGAAGCCGAUGCGGAGCAAAACGGAGGAGUGCUGCGAGUUCCGUUUCACUGUAACAGACUCAGGUAUUGGCAUGUCUGAGGACUAUGUUAACAAUCGGUUAUUCCAUUCCUUUGCUCAGGAGAACCCACUCAGCCAAGGCACUGGAUUAGGCUUAUCGAUCGUCAAACAGAUUGUUGAAUCUUUAGGUGGUGAGGUCGAGGUCAGGAGCGAGAGGGGCCGGGGCACAAAAUUCGCAGUCACAUGCCCACUGAAGAACUCGAGCAUGUCGCCAACCUUUUGUGCUACCGGAUCAGAGCAAGAGAAAGAGAAGCAACUGCGAGAGGUCACCAAGCGUACGAAGGGAAUGAAGGUGCGCUUCGUUGGGUUUGAUGAAGAAGAAGAAUACUUUGUGAAGAACCUAAAGAACAAGACGGCUACUAAAAUGUCACUAAAAGCGCUAGACGGUCUCUGUACCGACUGGUUCGGUAUGGAAAGAAGCGACAACAAUGAGUAUCCGGACCUAGUGGUGGCGACAGAGACUUGCGCAAAGUGGCUCCGAGCCCAGCAUAGCAAGGACCCUGCGACAGCUUCGACGGCGCCAGUCAUCGUCAUUUGCCAAGGGGCAGCAUCUGCACAGUCAACCACGGCGAUCACUGUACCUGGUAUCACUUUUGAGUGCAUCGGCCCAGCCCUGUUGGGCCUCAUAAAUUCGCAAAGGCUCUCUCAUCAUGCGACGGAGACUGAUAGUGCGCUACUCAAGGUCACUCAACUGAGCCUCAAGGAAGAAGCGAAUGAGAACAUGCAGCCACAAAGUUCUCGCGUCCACACUGAUGAUAUUGGUCCUCCCCGGCCGCCACUGUCUUCGGUCAGUAGUGCUCCCGAGGUCAGGUCCGUGGCUCCUGUAUCUCUGAAGAAGUCGAUAUACGCAAAACCGACACGAGCGCUCAACUGCCUCGCUGUCGAUGACAAUCCAAUCAACCUUCGUCUUUUGCGAACAUUUGUCGACAAGCUGGGUCAUCGACACGUUCUUGCUGUCAACGGUCUAGAGGCACUCGAAGCGUACAAAGCAGCUCAGACACCCGAACUCUCGGGCACUGGGCAUCCCCAUGCUGCUGACGAUCUCUCGCGCAUCGAUGUUGUGCUGAUGGAUAUCAAUAUGCCUGUCAUGGAUGGUCUCGAGGCGACGAGAGCAAUUCGCGCACACGAAAUCCGGAACAACCUCCCCAAAGUGACCAUCAUUGCGCUCACCGGCGUAGCGGACUCUGAAAUCCAACAAGAAGCAAACUUGAGCGGCAUCAACCUUUUUCUCAUCAAGCCCGUGCGUCUCGCAGACCUGGAAGUUAUUUUGAAAGGCGUCAUAACCGGACAAGACAAUGCGAACGCCGAAUUCAAGCUGGAGGAAGAGCAAAGCAUUGCAGAUGCCCAGGACGCGAAACUAGAUUCAGCCAAGUGUGUUGCCACAGUUGCGGAAAUAGAAGCUACAGCUGGUGCAGAACAGGUUGCACGUCUAUAUCCAAGCAUCACUACUCGAUGA